CUUUUCUCUUUCUGCAGCGCAAACAUGGAUUGAAAAAUAGCAAAAAUAUAGCAGCACCGUGAAAUAGGCCAUUUUAACCCCAGAACAGCGCCGGUUGACUUACUGAGGAAUAAGCAGUUCGCUAAGACUGCUAUGCAAGAAUGCGACGGCGGCCUAUCCGACAAAGAUUUAUACGUUAGCCAAAGCCGAAUUCCACUGCAAAAGCCCAGGACUUCCCGGGCCAUUUUCUGUUCGACAAAAUCUUACCCCGAAUACCACCACGCUUUUCACAACGGAGGCAUUAUCAGGAGAUGUGAUGUUGUGAUAAACGGCAGAGAGGCCCGAUUCCGGCUGACGCUUCUUUGCUGAGCCGGACUGUACGAUGACGCGCUGCUUAGGAGCCAUUCUGCGAGAUGUAUUGUUUAUGGAAACAGAUGAGGGGUUGCUUUUGGGCGGUAAUAUUAUUGUUAUACUGAGAUAGCUGGGAGAAAACCUGUCAUGUGGAGGGGCGAGUUGGUGAUGAUGGAGAAAAAUCCUUGAAAGCUUCUUGUACACAACUGCGCCGUUGGUGUGUGUCGCGUGACGUAGUUUGACUAUGGAGCUUCAAACCGAUAGCUUCCAGAGUUAAAUAUAAGAAGAGAAUAACAGCCUGCGUCCUGCACUUUGCUGGUUUCUUGUUUGUCAAUUUACAGCUUCAUACUUUCUAAUGUUCCUUGCGUCUAUUCUGAAACAUCCUGAAAUUUGACACGUCAGUUCAUCUCCCUAUUUUCCAGCUAACUCCAACGCCCUACUAUGGCCAGCAUAGAUGAUCUAUUCAAGAAGCCAUUAUUACCGUCUAAACGUAAAUCCGAACCUUUGCGUGAUGCCAGCGCACUGUAUAAAAGCGCCAAAGUAGAUGCCAACGGCGAUGUGAGCAGUAGUCGGGCGGCUGCCGUAGAAGACGCUCCUGACGAGGAUAAUCAAGUUGGUCCUGAGCUCCCACCGGACUUCAACCCGGACAAGGAUAUCCUAGAUGACGAGGAAGGGCGAUUUUUUGGUGGUGGCAUAUCGCGCGACACGGCUGGCGCAUUAGACUUUGUUGAAAAGCUAGAUCAAGGAGAUACCAGACCGGAGAAAAUCGACUCCGCGUGGCUACGACGAUUGGCGCUGAACUUUGAGAAGAAGAUAUCUAAGAAUGCAGAACUUCGCGCAAAGUUUGAAAAUGAACCGCAAAAAUUUAUGGAGUCGGAAGCAGACCUUGAUGCAGAUAUCAAGUCCCUUUCGAUCCUGUCAGAACAUCCAGACCUGUAUGAAGAGUUUGCCAGCUUGGGCUGCGUCGGCUCUUUAGUUUCGCUAUUGUCUCACGAAAACACGGAUAUAGCAAUUGACGCGAUCGAGAUUCUAGGCGAAUUGACUGAUGAAGAUGUCGAGGCCGAGCAGGAAGAGUGGGAUGUUUUGGUCGCUGCUAUGGUGGAUGCGGAUGUCAUCGCCCUCCUAAGUCAAAAUCUUGCGAGGCUUGACGAGGGGAACGAUGCGGACCGAGCUGGGGUUUAUCACGUCAUGAGCGUUCUUGAGAAUUUCGCAUCGCAACUACCCAUCUCCGAAAAAAUCGGCCAAGAUCCAGAUAUGAUACCAUGGUUGAAAGGUCGAAUACAGAAGAAAGAAACAUCAGUGUCACAGAAUAAGCAGUACGCCGCCGAGAUUCUUGCAAUCUUGGUUCAAUCGUCCGUCAAAAACAGGCAACGACUUCUUGAAAAUAACCUGGUAGAUGUUUUGUUGCAGCUUCUUAGCAUGUACCGAAAGCUCGACCCUGAAAAGGAUUCUGACGAAGAAGAAUAUGUGGAGAAUCUUUUCAAUUGCCUUACCUGUUUGGUAGAUGAGGAUGAAGGAAAAGCAAAAUUUAUCGACGCAGAGGGUGUCGAGCUAGCGCAGAUUAUGUUAAGAGAAGGCAAAAUGAGCAAGCCAAGGGCGUUGCGCGUCCUUAGUCAUGCCGUUGGCGGGAAAGGGGGUGCCUCCGUUUGUGAACGGCUUAUCGAGGCGGCUUUAUUGGGAACUAUAUUUGGGAUGUUCAUGAAAAACCAGGACCACCAAUCGACAGAACACCUGCUGGGAAUAUUUUCUUCACUCCUGCGGCUGCUUCCUGGAGAGUCCUCCAGUCGGAUACGGACGCUUGCAAAAUUCAUGGAAAAAGACUAUGAGAAAAUUAAGAAGCUGGUUAAACUGCGAUGGGAAUACGCGUCGAAAGUCUCGGAAGUUGAUCAAUUAAUUGAUCAGGAACGAAAAUCUAUGAGCUCGGAAGAGCAAGAACUCAUGAGUCUUGAAUGGCUCUCUCGACGCCUUGAUGCAGGGCUCUUCUGUUUGCAGACAAUUGAUGUCAUCCUGGCGUGGUUGGUGGCCGAAGAUGACGGAGCGAAGGCGAAGGUCAAAUCUCUCCUUUCAGACCGUGAUGAGGACUUGGCUAUUGUAAAAACCACAUUGCAGGAACAACUGAACGGCCUAGAUGAGACAUCGACAGAUGAACUAGACACGAGGGAAAUGCUUGGGACACUACUACUAUUCCUAUGAUGAAGGCUUAUAUAUCUAGGUAGUUUACUAAUUAUUAUUAAACGAAUGUAAAAUUGAAUAGCUUAUACCCAUCCCAUCUUGUGGGAUGAUAAAUCUCCUGUAUUCGUGUGGGAGGAGCUAGCUACAUUAUAGCCAUACGGGAAGAACAUAGGGUUAAUGUUGGCCGUUACGGCCGUUGCGGUUAGCGAUCCCACUAGAUCACGUGACCCACCACUAUAUUAUGCUCUUGUAGAUAGAUUAUCAUUAUUAUUAUUCUUCAAUUAUAAAUGUAUACAGUCAGA